GCGCUGGGCAGUCAUGACGGUGCUGUGCCACCCUGCCACCGCCCUACCACACCCACCCCCACGAUUUGCCCUCUCCUUUCCAGGAAGGUCGUCCCCAGAUUUCCGCCCUCUCCCCUCUCCUAAAUAAUAAUAGAUGCGACCUCCUCUCUCCCUCCCGACUCGAGCCUCCAGCCGACUCAAUUGAACAGGACGCGCCUCUUCGCACCAACACCUUGCCCCACCGUUCCCGAAAUACCUCAGGCGGUACAACAGCACUGGGAAGACGGCCGGUUCCGCUUCGGCUCCUUCGACACGGGCCAGACACGACGCGAGGUCUAACACCAGGGGUCACUAAAAAAGACAAGCGGGCCGACGACAUCGUGGGCCUUCCCAUCGUGUGGGGUCCCCGUUAUCCUGCGAGCUGGGAGCGGCAGACACGGGAGAUAUCACCAUCUGCCUCCCCUCAUGCUGUAGCCGCCCCGAUCCUCAGCACUUUGUCGUGCGGCUCAGGGGCAGCACGGCUUAGACAACGCCAAGCCCUGGUCUAUUCUUGCCUCGGGUUCGAGAUCAUGGCCUCCACCUAUGUGCUACCGGGGACUACCAUGCCCACCUCCCACCGACACCAUGGACAUAAACAUGCCCAUUCUCGCUCGCGCUCGCCCUCGUUUGGCUCCCUGAACAGGUCCUUCAAGAUGGACUCGAGCUUUGGUAUCCCCUCACCAAGCCUCGACGGCGAGCACGACCACGACCACGGCCACGGCCACGGCCACACCCAUAACCACUCGCACUCGCACUCGCAUUCGCAUACUCAUUCCGAACCACGCACGCAGCACGUCCAUCAUGCGAACUCGAUGCAGCCACGGCAAAAUGUGCCCCCGCCGCUGCUUCCCAGCAACGGGUGGAAGACAACGACGACGGCUGGGAAACAACUCAUAACUCCUGUCACCUCGUCGUUUGCCGAGCAUGAGCAGUACGAGGCACCAGAAGCACAGGGUACCGAGCCCAUUCACGACCACUCUGUCGAGCGCUCGAAAUUCACAAAUAUGCUACUACCAUAUACUUCAAAGUGGCCUAUAUUGCAUGCAAUCAUGACCGAGAAAGACUCGAGGAGGAUCUUUUAUUUCAUGAGCUUGAACUUCUUUUUCAUGACAAUCCAGGCCUUCUACGGCUACAUCACGGAUUCUCUUGGCUUGCUGAGCGACAGCAUCCACAUGUUUUUCGACUGUGUUGCGCUCGCGGUUGGCCUGUUUGCUUCUGUGGCGAGCAAAUGGCCCCCCAGUGCGCGCUUCCCCUAUGGCUUCGGGAAGAUCGAGACGCUCAGCGGCUUUGCAAAUGGCGUGUUCUUGGUGCUCAUCAGCGUUGAAAUCAUGAUAGAGGCCGUGGAGCGGAUCGUCGAGGGCAGGGAGACCAAGAGGCUCGCUGAGCUGUUCAUUGUGAGCAGCCUCGGUCUGGCGGUCAACCUCGUUGGCAUGGCCGCGUUUGGUCAUCAUCACCACGGCCAUGGACACGAUCACGGAUGCGGCGGGCAUGCUCAUGGCCACGCAGAAUCGGACGCUCACUCACAUUCGCAUCAUCACACAGAUUCUCAUUCACAUUCGCAUGCUCAUUCGCACUCUCACACACUAUCGGAGAAGAGCAACCAUUCAAAUGAUCACGACCAUGAUCACAGUGACCAUAAGCACUCAGUUUCCCACGGACACGACCACCAUCAUUCUCAUUCUCAUACGCAUUCGCAUUCGCAUGAUAACGAAAACAUGCUCGGCAUAUAUUUGCAUGUUUUGGCGGACACUCUCGGCAGUGCAGCAGUAAUCGCGUCGACAGUUAUGACCCAUUUUGUCCCCUGGUCCGGUUGGGACCCACUGGCAUCCUUCUUGAUCGCAGCACUCAUCAUGGGAUCUGCCAUACCGUUGGUCAAGUCGUCCGCACGACGGCUCCUCUUGACAAUCCCAGACGACAUCGAGUACACUCUCCGCGAGACCAUGUCCGGAAUUCCAGAAAUCCCCGGCGUUGCAAGCUACUCGGUUCCCAAGUUCUGGAUCGACGACCGGUUCUCUGGCGAGGACGCCCAGGCUGGAAAGAUGAUGGGCGUCAUGCACGUUGUCGCAGUCCGCGGCGCUGACAUGGGGACCGUGCGAGACCGCGUACAGAAGUACCUCGCGUCGAGGAACAUCGAUGUCACAUUGCAGGUCGAGCGGGAAGGAGACGGAAGCUGUUGGUGCGGUGUCGGGAAGAUGCCGCUGACGCCCCUGUCCCCCCUGGGAGCUUCGCAGAGCCUGAAGGCGCGCUAGGCGGUUCAUUCUUUCGAGACGCAUGGCCAUUCUUGAACGAAAUGGGCCAUGUCUAUAUUUGGUUUCAUGUCGGGUCGUGAUACCUGUGCAGCAAAUAUUCAUUUCUAUGGAGACACAUGGUGUGGCUUUUUGUAUAUUACUUUAUACGAUUCCCAUGAGAGGGUCUUGCAAUAGAUGAAGAUACCCUUUGAUUCAUUGCUCGUGUGCUGUGACUCGGUCUUGCCUUGCCUCCCCAACUAUCUCGACGUAGAAGCACUUCAGUGUGGCUAUGGUGUAGAUGGUAUCGUCGCCACUGCGGCUUCUGGAGCGUAGGGACACCCAAGAACCAGUCUUGGCUCUCUAUGCCUUGUUGCUCUUCCAACAGCCCUUUUCGUUCUCCGAACAUGGGCGGCCGCUCGACCAAAUGCUGUUCUGGUUCUCCGCGUGGUACCUGACCAGGUGAGUUGGUGGUCCACGCCGAGACCACGUCCUCGCGAGCUGCUUGGCCAUAGCCGUUUCUGCCUUGUACCCCUUCGGCGCGAGCAGUCUCCUGUCACGGGCUGCCACCGGUACAUAUACGGGUGCGGCGCGAGCCUCGUACAGGGUCAUAUCGAACGCCUCGAAUUGGGGCAUGAACGAAGUAAUGGAACCGCGGGCGUUCUCACUUCUUGGACGUGCCAAAGCCUGCAAUACCCAUCGCGGCCAUCAUGUCCUCCUCGUCAUGCUCGCCCUCGAUCCUCACGUCCUCGCCGUACUCCAUCUUGACGCUCUUCUCCUUCUCCUUCUCGGCCCGCCUCCUCUCUUCGGCCUCUUUCCUCUUCUUUCUCCGCUCCUCCCUCUCGCGGGCCUCAUCCUCCUCGUGGAUCUUGAUCCUCUCCUGCAGGCUCGUCUCGCGCUCCCUCUCGAGCUCGAGCCUCCUCUCCCAGACCUCGUCGAUGCGCCGGUGGACGUCCUCGGCGGACGCGGCCCUGACCUCGCCCGUCUGGCCCACGGCUCGGAUAUGCUGCAUCGAGUUGAUGUGCUCGACCCACUGCUUGUUAUCCUUGAACGUCAGGUCGCACGCCUCGCAGUAGAAGCCGGCGCCGCGCCCGCGCUUGCCCACGCCCGCGCCCGCGGCCACCAGCUGCGUCUUGCCCACGUGGCUGCUCAGGUCCAGCACGGCAUUCCGCGCCUGCGUCAGCGUCUCCUCGCCAGUCAUCGGCUUGUAGUACUUCUUGCCCGCCAGCUUCGCCUCGUACCGCGCCUUGGACUCCUCGCGCUCCGCUGCCUCCCGCGCCUUGGCCUUGGCGGCGUACUCGUCCAGAUCGUACUUCUUGCGGAAGGACGUGUCGUCCGCCGCCUGGCCAUAGGCGCCGCCGCCUGAUUUCGACAUUGUGAUGGAGAGGCGGGCUAGAGUUCGAGGUCGGGUCAAGUCAGAGCGACGCGGUGGGCGGUGGGAGGUGGUCGUUGGGUUUUCAGGGGAAAUGCAAUUGCCAUACGGCGGUUGGUUACGUCUGCAGAG